AUGUCGCAUUACGGUGGUCCUCCCCCCAACCAGUAUGGUGGUAGUGGUGGUGGUGAUUACUAUGGCCAGCAACAGCAACACCAGGGCCAGGGUUAUUAUCCGCCUCAACAAGGUCACGGUGGUCCCCCACCGCAGCAGGGCUAUUAUCCUCCCGAUCAGCAACAGCAGCAGCACUACGGCCAGCCUCAAUAUGGCGGCCAGCCCCCGGCUCCUUACGGCCAACACCAGCAAGGCUACGCUCCCCCACCAUACGACCAACACCAACAGGGCCAGUACCCCGGCGGUGGUCCCUACGGACACAACCAGCAAGUCCCUCCUCAGGACCGCGGCCACUCGCCCUACCCCCCUCAGCAGGGUCAUGAGCAGUACCAACAAGGCGGCGCUAGUGCUUCAUACUACGGCGGUGGCGCUCCCCAGCAUCAGCAGGGGUAUGCUCCUGGCCCGGGAGGUCCGGAAGGUGAUCGGGGUCUUGGGUCCACGCUCAUCGGUGGCGCGGCGGGUGGGUUUGCGGGUCAUAAGAUGGGUGGUGGAUUUUUGGGGACUGCGGGUGGUGCGGUUCUUGGUGCGGUGGGAAUGAAUAUGGCGACUCAUGAGGUGAAGAAGCACAAGAAGGAGAAGAAGGAGAAGAAGCAUAAGAAGGAUAAGCACCACAAGCGCCGUGGUUCGAGCUCCAGCUCUAGCUCGAGCUCUUCGAGUGAUUAA